AUGAACCAGACACAGGUGACGGAGUUUGUGCUCCUGGGCUUUUCCCACGGCCGGCCCUUCCUCUUUGCUCUGUUCCUGGCCAUUUACCUGGCCACGCUGCUGGGCAACUCUGUGAUACUCUCCCUCGUGUCCCUGGAUCGCCGCCUCCACAGCCCCAUGUACUUCUUCCUGGGUCACCUGUCCUGCCUGGACCUUUGCUACUCCUCAGUGACGGUGCCCAAGAUCCUGGCGAACGCUCUGUGCCCGCGGGCCACCAUUUCCUACAGGGGGUGCCUGGCGCAGAUGUUCCUGCUGAUGUGGUGCGCGGGGGCCGAGUGCGCGCUGCUGGCCCUCAUGGCCUACGACCGCUUUGCCGCCGUGUGCCAGCCGCUGCGCUACUGCCAGGCCCUGCGCCGCAGCGCCUGUGCCGCGGCCGCCGCCGGCUGCUGGCUCUGGGGGCUGCUGGACUCGACCCUGCACACGCUGCUGGCCGCCCGGCUCUCCUUCUGCGGGGCUGCCCGGCUCCAGCACAUCUUCUGCGACGCGCCGCCGCUGCUGGCGGCCGCCUGCAGCGACACCCGCCCCAACCAGCUGGCCCUCCACAUCUCCAGCAUCUUCAUGGGACUCAGUCCCUUCCUGCUCGUCGUCGUCUCCUACCUGUGCAUCCUGGCCACCGUCCUUGGGAUGCCGCUGGCCACCAGCCGGCGCAAGGCCUUCUCCACCUGCUCCGCACACCUGAUCGUGGUCACCCUGUACUUCGUGGCAGCCAACCUCAACUACAACCGGCCCAGCUCGGGCUACUCGCCGGCAGCCGACACGCUGGUCUCUGUGCUCUACUGCAUCGUCAUCCCCAUGCUGAACCCCCUCGUCUACAGCCUCCGCAACCGGGAGGUGUGGGGGGCCCUGCGGAAGGCCCUGCGGGUGGGUGCCACGCCAGGCUCCCUGGGCAGCAACGCCUGA